AUGGGGGACGGAGGACCUCCGCGCCCUCCUGACAAGGCGAGUCCCGCGGCGGUAGCCCUGUCCGUGGGAAACCGCGACAUCACCGACUAUAGGCUUCCCGAUUCAUCUGAUAGCUCCACAGCGGCAGAGAUGGAAUCGGACAGUGAUUACACGCUAGUCCAAUCGCGCCACUUGAAGCGCAAGCUUCGCCGGACGUCAGCAGGCAAGUGCCCUGCCCUGCUCUGCUCUGUAGAGUGCUCUGCUCUGGUCUGCUCUGCAGAGUGCUCUGCUCUGCAGAUUGCUCUCCUCUGCUCUGCUCUGGAGAGUGCUCUUUUCUGCAAACUACUCUGCUCUGCAGGGUGCUCUGCUCUGCAGGGUGCUCUGCAGAGUCCUCUGCUCUACUCUGCUCUGCUCUGCAGAAGUGCCCUGCCCUGCUCUGCUCUGCAGAGUUCUCUGCUCUGUAGAGUACUCUGCUCUGGUCUGCUCUGCAGAGUGCUCUGCUCUGCAGAGCACUCUCCUCUGCUCUGCUCUGGAGAAGUGCUCUUUUCUGCAAACUACUCAGCUCUGAAGGAGUGCUCUGCUCUGCUCUACUCUGCUAUGCUCUGUUCUGGGGAGUGCUCUUCUCUGGUUGUGUUCUGCUCUGAGUGCCCUGCCCUGCUCUACUCUGCAGAGUGCUCUGAUUUGCUCUACUCUGCAGAGUGCUUUGCUCUGCUCUACUCUGCUCUGCAGAAAUGCCUUGCCCUGCUCUGCUCUGCAGAGUGCUCUGCUCUGCCUUGCUCUGCUCUACAUAGUGCUCUGCUCAGCUGUGCCCUGCAGAGUGUGCUGCUCUGCUCUGCAGAGUCCUCUUCUCUGCUCUACUCUGCUCUGGUCUGCAGAGUGCUCUGCUCUCCUCGGCUCUACUCUGCUCUGCAGAGUGCUCUGUUCUGCUCUGGUCUACUCUGCUCUGCUCUGCAGAGCACUCGGCUCUGCCCUGCAGAGUUCUAUGCUCUGCUCUGCACAGUACUCCACUCUGCUCGGCAGAGUGCCCUGCUGAGUGCCCUGCUGAGUGCUCUGAUGUGCUCUGUAGAGUGCUUUGCUCUGCUCUGCAGAGUGCACUUCUCUACAGACUACUCUGCUCUGCAGGAGUGCUUUGCUGUGCUCUGCAGAGUGCUCUCCUCUGCUCUGCACAGUGCUCUACUCACCCUGCAGAGUGAUCUGCUCUGCAGAGGGCUCUACUCAUCCCUGCAGAGUGUUCUGCUCUGCAUAGUGCUCUGCUCUGCCCAGCUCUGCUCAGCAGAAGUGCCCUGCUCUUCAGAAUGCUCUGCUCUGCAGAGUGCUCUUCUCUGCUCUGCUAUGCUCAGCAGAGUGCUCUUCUCUGCUCUGCUAUGCUCAGCAGAGUGCUCUCCUCUGCUCUGCAAAGUGCUCUACUCAGCCCUGCAGAGUGAUCUGUUCUGUAGAGUGCUCUGCCCUGCUUUGCAGAGUGUUCUGCUCUGCAUAGUGCUCUGCUCAGCUCUGCUCAGCAGAGUGCUCUGCUCUGUAGAGUCCUGUGCUCUGCUCUGCUCUGCAGAGCUCCCUGCUCUGCAGAGUGCUCUGCCCUGCUUUGCAGAGUGCUCUGCUCUGCAUAGUGCUCUGCUCUGCUCAGCUCUGCUCAGCAGAGCGCUCUGCUCUGCAGAGUCCUGUGCUCUGUUCUGGUCUGCAGAGUGCUUUGCUCUGCAGAGUGCUCUGCUCUUCUCUGCUCUGCAGAGUGCUCUCCUCUGCUCUACUCGGCACAAGUGCCCUGCUCUGCAGAAUGCUCUGCUCUUCUCUGCUCUGCUAUGCUCUGCAGAGUGCUCUGCUCUGCUCUGUGAAAUCCGCAGAGGCCGGGUGUGA